AUGUCUGGAGUUCAGUUAAAAGCGACAUUUAUCUUCACUUUAAUAAUACUGUUGUCGACACUGACUGAAAAAGUUCUCAUUGCAAUCAACACCGUCACGAGCAAGGAUGCUAAGCAGCUCACUAUUACUAGCAUCACCAUUAAAUCGCUAAAUAAUAAUAAUAAUAAAAAUAAUAAUAAUAAUAACACAAAUAACGACAAAAAUGUUGUUUAUACUCUGAACCAAUCUGUUGUUGAUAAUAAUGAUAAUGAUAAUAAUAAUGAUAAUGAUAAUAAUAAUGAUAAUAAUAAUAAUAGCCCAGCAUCAAACGGAAAAACUGUUUCCAACAACAAUUACGACGACAACAACAACAAAAAUGAACCCCUUAAAAAUAAACAUAACCAGAUAAUGUCAUCAAGUGAUAACAAAACACUAAACAACAUACCAUAUAUAGCUUCAGAUUUAACAACAACUACCACUUCUACUACAUUUUCAUCGCAACAGUCGCAAGAAGCAAAUGGUAGUUCAACUAAAUUAAGGAGACGUGAACAUAGCCAGAUCACUUUGGUAAAGGGUUUUGAGAGUUUAAACAACAUUUCAGAUGUGAAUCCAGAGUACCGAACUGCGAUUUCAAUAACAAAUCCAAAUAAAAACGUAUCUUCAAAUGCAAAUGAGAUAAUUCUGAAUAAAGGUCAACAAAUUUUAACCACAGCAGGGGAGAAUAUGACAUUAAAUAACAUCACUAGUACAUUAAAUGACGCUUAUAGUGCUGUUGCUUCUAUUGAUGUGUUGAUGGCGAAUCCAAAUUCGUCAUCUGGGACAAAUUUCGCGAUUGCUAGCGAAACAAUUUCAGACGCGGUUUUAACGAGUUCUGACAAUAGAACUUCCUCUCAGCCUGUAAAAGUUGUUUCAAAUUUGUCGGCGGAAAACACAACAACAGCAAGAAUAUCUUCAAAGUCGUCAACAACGAACCAGACGGCUUCAACAACAACAACAUCAACAUCAGAUGAGAGGGCAACAACAUCAACAAAAAAAACAUCAGAAAAACCUGUUUCUACGUUUAACAACAACAACAACAACGACAAUAAUAAAAACAACAACAAUACCAAUUACAUCAACAACAAUAACAACAAUAAUAACAACAGUAAUAGUAAUGACAACAACAAUAGCAAUAAUAACAACAAUCCCACAAUCACCAUCAUCACCAACGACACCAUUCAAACAACUACACACGUAAAGAAAGCUAUUUCAGAAGCACCAAUCACCUCUAACAACAAUAACAGUAACAAUAAUAACAACAAUACUAACAACAACAAUAGCAACAACAUCAAUAAUAACAACAACCCCACCAUCAUCACCAAUGACACCAUUCAAACAACUAAAAACGUGAAGAAAGCUAUUUCAGAAGCACCAAUCGUCUCUAACAACAAUAACAGUAACAAUAAUAACAAUACUAAUGACAACAACAACAGCAGCAAUAACUAUUAUAAUAACAACAACAACAACAUCAAUAAUAAUAAUAAUAACAAUACAAUAAACAACAAUAAUAACAACAACAAUCCCACAGUCAUCAUCAUCACCAACCACACCGUUCGUGCAACAACAACGAACAUGAAUAACGCAACUUCAAACAACAACAACAAUAACAACAAUCUCACAAUCACCAUCAUCACCAACGACAUUAUUCGUACAACAACAACAACAAAUGUGAAAAAUGCAACUUCAGACUCACCACCAAUCGCCUCCAACAACAACAACAACAACAACAAUAACAACAAUCUCACAAUCACCAUCAUCUCCAACGACAACAUUCAUACAACAACAACAACGAACGUGAAGAAAGCAAUUUCAGACUCACCACCAAUCGCCUCCAACAACAACAACAAUAACAACAACCUCACAAUCACCAUCAUCACCAACGACACCAUCCGUACAACAACAACGAACGUGAAGAAAGCAAUUUCAGACUCACCACCAAUUGCCUCCAACAACAACAAUAACAACAUCAUCAACAACAAUAACAACAUCAUUAUCAACAACAACUUCAACGACAACAACAGCAACAAUGACAGCAACAACGACAGCAACGACAACAAAACACAAACUCCAAAUUCAAACAACAUUAAUGAAGCCAGUGGCACCGACCACAGACCUAACCCGUCAGUUACUAACGAUACCGUAUCUAAUAGUAAUAUUAGUAAUAAUAAUUAUUAUAAUAAUACUAGUAGUACUAGUAAUAGUAGUAGUAGUAAUAAUAAUAAUAACAACAACAACAAUAAUAAUAAUAACAAUAAUAAUAAUUAUUAUUAUUAUAAUAGUAAUAAUAAUAAUAAUAAUAAUAAUACUGCUUUUAAUGCAGUUAAUGGUAUUGUCGUAGCUGACAUUACUAGCCCAGACUCGGGUGAGAAAAAUACCCGUUGGGCUGUUGACAAUAUUAUCAGUACUACUUUAACUUUAAACACCAAUACCACUUUUAAGGAUACUUUUAGUGAUACUAUUAAUGAUACUAUUGCUAGAGAUACUAUCAACCUUAAUGAUACAAGAGGUAAUUCUGGUAGUGGAAAUGUUUUGGCUGGUAUUAACAGUGCCGAUUCUGCAAAUUUGAAUAAUAUUAUAACGAAUCGUACAACUGCAUCAGCUAUUGCUGCUGAUGCCCGUAUUAAUGUUAGAAAUAUCACAGCUGAGCUACUUGGUACUGCAUCAUUUGCCGGAAACAAAACGUCUGACGUCAUCGUAAAAAUACUUCCGGAGACCAAUGCAACACUAUUAUCCAGUAACCUCAACACCCGGUGGAUCAGCAAUAACAACGACAAUGGCGUUUGCAGCGGCGGCAACUGUAGUAGCGACAACAGCCACAUCACCAGAAUCAAAUCUGACUCGGCCAGCAAACCUUACAGAAUCAAAUUUCACGGCAGUUACAUCAAAUUUCACGACAUUAGCGACGUCAAACUUUACAGCACUAACAACAACAAAUUUUACAACUACAGUAACAACAACAACAUCCACAACAACAACAACGAAGACAACAAUCACAACAACUUAUCAAACCGUGCCGUCAACUACACAAAUAAGUCUGCCAGUACCUUCAUGUUGAAACCUAGAUACGACCUAUGCAUCAACCAACGCAAACCCGCCAGUUGCCUUUACAACGAGCCGACAGAUUCUCCGAUUCAUUUCUUAGAUUACGUCUGCCAGUAUAGAACAAGUUACGUAAGUUAUAUGCUGUGCCCUACCAGGAACUUGAUUGCUGAAGAGGAGUAUGGGGCCUGCCUGAAGUCACUGAACGCGAGUAGGUACGUGCGCGAUCGGUCUGAGGACACCAACGCCACCACACCUGGAUACCACUGCAAGUACGAGUACAUAAAGCAAAGGUGUUAUGCGAGAGCCUGGCACAUGGAGAAUCACCACUGCAUGUCCUUCCCUACCUUCUACAUCUUCUACGCCAACGUGCUGGCCAUGAGGGAGAACAUGCUCUCCAACUGCCAGCCCAAGACGGAAAUGUUUUGCAACAUCAACACUGACUACUUCAAGCAAUUUUGUUGGAUUGCUGAAUGAUACCAACGUACGUGUGUGUAUAAUUCACUCAUUCCUUCACUCUAUCAUUCAUUCAUUCUUUCAUUCAUUCGUUCGUUCGUUCGUUCAUUCAUUCGAUCAAUCAAACAUUCAUUUAUUUAUAGUUAAUGAGUGUUGUUGGAUUUUAGUUGAACUAUUUUUCGUAUUGUUAUUUUAUUAAUUCACACAUUCAGUCGAUCACACAUUCAUCUAAUUAUUUAUUUAUUUUCACAGCUAAUAAAUUCACCUUUAUAUAUUCAUUCACAUUCAUUCAUUCAAAUUUAUUCACAUUUAUUCAUUCACUCAUUCAUUCACUUACCUUAUGUUAAACAAUAAUUAAACUAUUUAUAUCACUAUUAAGAAUUGUGAUUGUUUUAAAAUAUUACAAAUUUCAAGAAGAAAAUUCUUGUU